AUGAGCACUGCAGAGGGGUCUGUUCUGCAGUCGCUGGAUGGCACAGACAUGAUCGAGUCCGACGUGCUGGCGACCGCGCUGCGGCUCGACCACCAGGAGGUCGUCGGCGCCAUCAAGUCACUGGAGUCCGAUGGUUACGUUAAGAGCGAAAUUAAGACAAAGCCAACGUGGAAGCUGACGAGCGAGGCCGUGCAGAUCUGCGAGAACGGCAGCCCUGAGUACCUCCUCUGGCAGCUGCUGGCCAGCGGUGAGAUGACGCAAGAUGCCGUGGUGGAGAAGCUGGGGAAAGAUGUGACCGCCGUGGCGAUGUCAAAUGGCAUGAAGGCGAAGAUCUUCACACUCAGCAAGAAGGACGGAAAGGUAAUUCUCAGCCGCUCGCCUUCCGUUACGGCGUUUGAAGACGGCACACGACUCGCCCUUGCCCGCGCCGCGAAGGGUGAGCACGUCGACCCGAAGGACGCUGAUAUGCUUAAGAAGCGCAAACUGGCGAUGCUCGACAACGUGAAGGUGUUCUGUGCGACGAAGGGGCCCAACUACGCGACGAAGCGGCGUGCCAAGGCGGUGGGCGAUCUCACGAAGGAGAUGCUGCAGGACGGCUCGUGGAGGACAACGGAGUUCAAGGAGUACAACGUGGGCGCGGCGGGCCGAGAGGUGAGCUGCGGUCAGCUGCACCCACUGUUGAAGGUGCGGCAGGAGUUUCGCGAGAUAUUCAUGGAGCUCGGCUUCCAGGAGAUGGAGACCGACCGCUGGGUCGAGUCGUCCUUCUGGAACUUCGACGCGCUUUUCAUCGCACAGAACCACCCGGCCCGCGACGUGCAGGACACGUUCUUUGUCUCUAAGCCGGCCACCUGUGAGCUGAAUCACCGCGAUGUGGUGGAGCGUGUGCGUGAGAUGCACGAAAAGAAGUUCCGCUACACAUGGCGCGAGGAGGAGGCGCGGCGCAACACACUGCGCACGCACACCACCUGCUGCUCGGGCUUUUGGCUGCAGCACAUCGCCAAGUCGUCGCCGCUGCUGCCGGACGGGCGGCGUGCGUUCCGCCCCGGCCGCUAUUACAGCAUUGACCGUGUCUUCCGCAAUGAGGAGAUGGACCGCACGCACCUUUGCGAGUUCCACCAGAUCGAGGGCUGCGUCAUUGACCGCAACAUCUCCCUGUCGAACAUGAUGCACACGUUCCAACUUUUCUUCAGUCGCAUCGGUGUGGAGAAGCUGCGCUUCAAGCCUGUCUAUAACCCCUAUACGGAGCCGUCAAUGGAAAUAUUCGGCUGGCACAAGCAGCUGCGGCGCUGGAUCGAGGUAGGCAACAGCGGCCUCUUCCGGCCGGAGAUGCUCGUGCCGCUCGGCUUUGACGAGGACGUGACGGUGAUGGCGUGGGGCCUCUCGCUCGAGCGCCCCACAAUGAUCAAGUACGGCCUGUCGAGCAUCCACGAGCUCUUUGGUCACAAGGUGGAUCUGCGCUUCAUCAAAAAAUCUAAGCUGAUGCGCUUCUAA